AUGACACAGAAGAAUGAAUCAACUGGAUCACCAGUCCAAAGCGACAAUGCUUCGCUAAGCGAGUCCUCUCCUCUUCCUCCAAUCAAUCGUUUCAUUACCACUCACGACAAAAGCGGGGUUGCCGUAUUCGAUACCAACUUCCCAGAAGAAGCCUCUAGGCAUUAUGUCAAUGGAGGCCUCUUCACUCUCGCCUACUGUACAAAUCAAUUUCCUGCCGUGCUUAGUGACGACCAAGACCUUGAAGUGUACCAGCGCUUUUUACAAGAGCCUCCCGGCCUCGUGGUCUCCUCGGGAUCAGUCUGUCGCAUUGUUGAUAUUGGGCCCGGGUUUUCAUGUCCUAUGCAUCGCACAGUCUCGUUGGACUACGGAGUCGUCUUGGAGGGUGAGAUUGAGUUGAUUUUGGAUAGUGGGGAAACUCGGUUGAUGAAAAGAGGGGACGUCUCUAUUCAACGAGGAACGAGUCAUGCAUGGAAAAACGUAACCACUACAGUCGAUGAGUUCGGUGUUAGGAAGGAAUGCUGGGCACGGAUGCUGUAUGUGCUAUUGCCGGUGGAAGGAAUUACGGGCGUAGGAGGGGAAAAAUUGGGAGAAAUGGUUUCAGGAAUGGGCGUUCGACAAAGUGAUUAA